GUUCUUUCCCUUUUUCAUUUUCUCCGUCUCCAAUAAUUUUUUGCAUUUCUCGGGAAAACAAAAUCGAGAGACUGAAACCUUAGGAAUCGUGCAGAGGAGAAGAUACCCACCACCACUAUACCCAGAAAAAUUGAAAACAACCCAAAGUUUCAAUCAACAAGAAACUUUUUUUUUUUUAAUUUAAUCUCAAAUUGAAAACUUUCAAGACCCACCUGAUUCUCUAGGUAUUUUGCGGGUGUCUGAUCUUUGACAUAAUGCAGAAGCUAUAGUCGGAGCCUAAGCAAAGCCCUGAAGCUAGAUAACAGGGUGGCCUGUAAUGAUUGUAAUGGUCUCUUCAAAGUCCGGUUAACUUUCAAUCUCUUUCCUGGAAAGUCAUUGUGUUCUAUAGUCAAAAGGUAUGAAUCCUAUACAAGGGCCACAGAAUACCGGUGGUUCAUCUACUGCAGUGAAUCAGGGAGAUGGUGAAUCGUUUUAUAACGCAGAGACGUCUAUGAAUAACAUGCUGAAUCCAGUAGACAAUGAGUUUCCGAACAAUAGUACACGACCAACUUACACAAGCUCGAGUUCUCAUGCUGCUCAAAGUCAUAACUGGUGGCGGUUUGGUGAGUCCAGCUCCGUAUCGGGGCCAUCUGAUCAGGUCAAUUCCGUUGGAAUGAAGACAAAUCACCAGGUGCCUCAAGAUGGUGGUCGUCAAUUUGUUGGUUAUGGAUCUGAGGGAAGGCAUUUAGGUUUGAAUGGUAUGAUGGUACAUGGAGGGGUUCAUGCUGGCAGUCACAUUAGAAAUGGACCUUCCUUCUUGCGCGGUUCAAGCUCUAAUGCUAUGCCACAGCAUGUAAACAUGAGCAUGGACAUGGACAGUGAUGGUUAUGGUGCACACACUUCCGGUGUUGUUAUUCGUCAGGAUAACUGUGGGAGUUCACUAGGAAGUUCGGUUCAGGCCGCUGGAGAGAGCAGCAGUGGUCCAGCUGCUUCGUUUGGUGGUUGGGGUUCGUCUUGCAAAAGAAAGGCUCUUGAAGGAGCUCCGAGUCAUUCUUUUUCUGGUGAAACUCCUGACUGCUUUGUUCAGAAUGAGAAUGGUGCUUCGCAUGCAGGUCUUUCUCCAUAUGGUGCUUCAAGUAGCUUAAGUUUGGCUACACCCUCACAAAGUUCUCCAAAUGUUACGAAUCAUUUUGGCCGGACAGAACAAGUGUUUGGAUCUGGUAGUGGACGAGCGGUUGCAACUAAUGCUUUUCAUUCUGCAAGAAACUCUGACACCUUAUCAAGACCUGGCAGACGAUUAAAUCCCAGGCAGCCUCAGGAGUCUGUAGCAUUCAGCAUAUCACAUGGUGGAAGUUCUGUGCGUCCCACUGGUUCUUUGCAACAGAAUCUACCACUGAACUCUCCUUUUGUAGAUCCUCUCGAUGUGAGACCAACAUCAAUUACUAGUGGCUCAAGCACUGGUGAGAAUCAGACCAAUAUAGUCCACCUCCCUGCUUUGACCAGGAAUAUACACCAAUUUUCUUGGGAUGCUUCUUUCAGUUCGAGGGCCAGCAGUUCUUCGGGUAUUGGUGUGCCUGCAGAGCGAUUUGGACCACAGUGGGAAACACCGAGAAGCCAUCCAGAGCAGCCCAUGUUUGCACCUGCAACUGACAUGAGAAAUCCAGUGCAUGAUCAAUCUAUUUGGAGUUUCACUCGUGGAAACCCGGGCUCAUCUAUAGAUUCUCCCUUUAUUUCUCGAGCAGGGCCGAGUUCAGCUCAUGCGCAGCAGCCCAAUCCUGCAUGGAUUCCUCCUCAGAGUGCCCCGCUACAUAAUCCAUCGAGAACAUCGGAAAUUUCUCCUUGGUCUUUAUUUCCUAGUAUUGAAUCUCAAUCUGCUAGUCAUGGUGCAUCUCUUCCCUUACUGCCCACAGGUCCAUCUGGUUCCUCAAAUGAGGUGGCAAUGCCAUCUAGUUCUAAUAGCCGAAGCCAUCGCUCACGGCAAAGAAGAUCAGGGCUGUUAUCAGAGAGACAGAAUGAUCUUCUACACUUGCGUCACUUAGGAAGAAGCUUGGCUGCUGACAGUGAUGGAAGGAAUCACCUCAUCUCUGAGAUACGUCAGGUGUUGAGCGCCAUGAGAAGAGGGGAAAAUUUACGGAUUGAGGAUUACAUGGUGUUCGAUCCACUUAUCUACCAGAGUAUGACUGAAAUGCACGAUAGGCAUCGGGAAAUGCGAUUAGAUGUUGACAACAUGUCUUACGAGGAGCUAUUGGCACUUGGGGAACGCAUAGGAGAUGUGAGCACUGGGCUCAGAGAAGACGUCAUUUUGAAAACUAUGAAACAGCACAAACAUACAUCUUCUUCUGCUGAGUUGCAUCAGGACAUAGAGCCUUGCUGUAUUUGUCAGGAAGAGUAUGUGGAAGGUGAUGAUCUUGGGACAUUGGAAUGUGGCCAUGAAUUCCAUAAAGACUGUAUCAAGCAGUGGGUCAUGCUCAAGAAUCUCUGCCCCAUUUGCAAGACUGUGGCAUUAACAACGUGACGCCUUCUCCUUCGUCUCCACCUCCACCGUCGCCUCCUGGUUUCCAUUCAUCGUCAUUGCAGACGCCAAAAGAAAAUAAAAAAAUAGAGAUCUUAACGUUCUGUUUCUAUCCUUAUCUCUUAUUAAAAAAAAAAAAAUUAAUUGUUAUGCUCACUCGUUGUGUCACACUGUUCAAAGAACAUUAUGACAGACAAAUUCAUAAAAAAAAAAGAUCCAUGUAGAAGAGAAUAAUUCCCUUUUUUCACUAGAAUCCUUUGUAAUUGUUGAAACUGAUGGUUGACUUCUUAGGGAUUACAAUGCCUUUCACUU